UCCGUGGGAUGGGAGACCGUUGCCGUCGUGCAGUUUUUCCCACGGCAUGGGUCCGUGAAGUCCUCUAUAAAAGCCUAAACCUCCUCCCUGUCCUCUAUAACAAAUAUUGAUCAGCAUUUCUAUUUGAUAUUAAGAUGGGGCUUCUACUUCAGAUGUUGAUGGUGUUAGUAAUGAUGGUUUCCCUGCAAGGAUGGCUGCCUCUUGGUUGCUUGGAGGAAGAGAGAAUCGCUCUGUUGCACCUCAAAGAUGCUCUUAACCAUCCCAAUGGCACAUCCCUACCCUCCUGGAGAAAAGGUGACGCCGACUGUUGUUCUUGGGAACUUAUUGAGUGCAACAGCAGCAGCACAGGUCGAGUCACCAUGCUCAAUCUUGGGAGCGUAAGGAAUCAGGAACUGGGAGAUUGGUACUUGAAUGCCUCCUUGUUUCUUCCUUUUCAACAACUCAACACUCUCUCCUUGUCAGAUAAUCGUAUAGCUGGUUUGGUUGAGAAGAAAGGUAGUUAUGAACAGCAGAGAUUGAGCAAUUUGGAGCAUCUUAACUUGGAAUUAAAUCACUUUGAUAACAGUAUUCUAUCAUUCUUGGAGGGGUUUUCGUCUCUUAAAUCAUUAUAUUUAGGUUAUAAUAAACUGGAGGGGUUAAUAGAUUUGAAAGAAUCUUUGAGCAGCUUGGAGGACUUGGAUUUGAGCGGCAACAAUAUUAACAAAUUGAUAGCCUCAAGAGGUCUAAGCAACUUGAGUGCUCUAAGGCUAGAAAAUAUCACAACCUAUGAAAGUAGCUUCCAGUUACUGCAAUCAUUAGGAGCAUUUCCAAACCUCACAACACUUUAUCUGAGCUACAAUGAUUUUAGAGGAAGAAUAUCAGCUUUGCAAAAUUUGAGCUCUUUACAAAGUUUAUAUCUGGACCGUUGUUCUCUAAAUGAACACUCCCUUCGAAUUUUUGGAGCAUUGCCUUCUCUAAAACACCUGUCUUUACAAGAACUAAGCGACACUUUACCUUCUAUAGACUUCCUUUUUCUCAAGAACUUGGAAUACUUGGAUUUGAGUUACAAUACUCUCAAUAAUAGCAUCUUUCAAGCUAUUGGAACGAUGACCUCUCUCAAAAUUUUAAGGUUGCAGAGCUGCGGACUAGAUGGUCGAAUACCUACAGCCCAAGGCUUUCUUAAUCUCAAGAACUUGGAAUUCUUGGAUUUGAGUUUCAAUACUCUCGACAAUACCAUCUUCCAAACCAUAGGCCUAUGUGACUUAAAUCAUCUCCAAGUGCUAAAUAUGUAUGGCAAUGAUCUCAGUGGUUUCUUGCCUCCGUGUCUGGCAAAUUUGACUUCUCUUCAACAACUAAAUCUCUCUUACAAUCACUUGAAGAUCCCUAUAUCAUUGAGCCCAUUAUACAACCUUUCAAAACUCAAGUAUUUUGAUGGUUCAAGUAAUGAAAUAUACGCAAAAGAAGAUGAUCAUAAUCUAAGCCCAAAGUUCCAGUUAGAGUACCUUUCUUUGAGCGGUCGUAGACAAGGUGCGAGAGCAUUUCCAAAGUUUCUUUACCAUCAGUUCAACUUACAAUAUGUGGAUCUUACAAACAUCCAAAUAAAGGGAAAGUUUCUAAAUUGGUUGAUUGAGAACAACACAUACCUACAAGAUCUUUAUUUAGAAAACUGUUCUCUUUCAGGUCCAUUCUUGUUACCAAAGAAUUCUCAUGUGAAUUUGUCAUUCCUAAGUAUAUCCAUGAAUUACUUCCAAGGUCAAAUCCCUUUAGAAAUCGGAGCUUAUUUACCAAGGUUAGAAGUUUUAUUGAUGUCAGAUAAUGGUUUUAAUGGAAGCAUUCCUUCCUCGUUGGGUAACAUUAAUUCGCUGCAAGUGUUAGACCUAUCCAACAAUGUUUUGACUGGAAGAAUACUUUCGAACAACAGUUUGCAAAGGCAGAUCCCUGGAUGGAUAGGGAAUAUGUCUUCUCUUGAAUUCUUGGACCUAUCAAGGAACAAUUUCUCUGGUCCUUUACCAUAUAGAUUCGGAACUUCUUCAAAAUUGAGAUAUGUUUAUUUGUCUAGAAAUAAGUUGCAAGGACCGAUUGCAAUGGCAUUUUAUGACUCCUCUAAGAUAUUCGCAUUAGAUCUUUCCCAUAAUGAUUUAACUGGUAGAAUUCCAGAAUGGAUAGACAGGCUAUCUAACUUGAGAUUUCUACUCUUGAGUUAUAACAAUCUUGAAGGUGAAAUCCCAAUUCAAUUAUGCAGGUUAGACCAAUUAACCCUGAUUGAUCUUUCUCACAACCACCUUUCUGGUAACAUCCUUUCUUGGAUGAUAUCUACUCAUCAUUUCCCACAACAAAACAAUUCUCGUGAUUCUGUGUCCUCAUCACAACAAUCUUUCGAGUUUACAAUGAAGAAUGCAUCCCUUUCUUAUAGAGGCGACAUUAUCCAGUACAUCACAGGAAUUGAUUUCUCAUGCAACAAUUUCACUGGAGAGAUUCCUCAUGAAAUUGGAAACCUCAGCAUGAUCAUGGCAUUGAACCUUUCGCACAAUAGUUUGACUGGACCAAUUCCACCAACAUUUUCAAACUUAAAGGAAAUAGAAAGCUUGGAUCUUUCCUACAACAAACUGGAUGGAGAAAUCCCACCUCGACUUACUGAGCUAUUUUUUCUAGAAGUUUUCAAUGUGGCACAUAAUAAUCUAUCCGGCAAGACUCCUGCGAGAGUUGCACAGUUUGCUACUUUUGAGGAGAGUUGCUAUAAGGACAAUCCUUUUCUUUGUGGAGAACCGCUACCCAAAAUUUGUGUUACGGCUAUGCCACCAUCACCAACACCAACACCAAUACCAAUUUCAACGAACAAGAACAACGAAGAUAAUGGUGGUUUCAUAGAUAUGAAGGUUUUCUAUGUGACCUUUGGGGCUGCAUACAUCAUGGUAUUAUUGAUGAUGAGUGUAAUUCUGUGCAUAAAUUCAUAUUGGCAGCAACAAGCUUGGUUUUACUUUAUUGAGGUGAGCAUCAACAAUUGCUAUUAUUUUAUUGUGGAUAAUCUUCCUAUUUUAUCCAAGUUUGGGUUUUCAUAGCAUCGUUUUGUAUUCUAGUUUUAAGAUUUAAACAAGUUUAAAUGUAAUGUUAUAUUGAUUUUCAUUUGUGUUUUGUUUUUAUUUUUAGUUUCUAUAUGACAUAUAAUAAUGAAGUUUCUUUACUGAUUGCUCUA